UAUUUAUUGUUCUCACUUAAUUUGUUUUGAAUCGUAUAUUACGUAUUGUUUACCUUUAUUCUAAUAUUGAUACGAAGGCUGAUAUGGAAGACCUAGACAUUAGUGAUUAUAAAGUCACAUCAGAAGUCCAUGUUUUCAGUGAAGGAGAAUCUGUUGGUGAUGAUGAACACAUUGUGAUCUCAACUUUCAAAUUUAGUCUACCUAAGAAUCAUAGUUUUAGUCUUCACCAAAAUGUGAACGAAGAAGUAGCUGCUGAUGAUGAUGGUGAUCUAGUUGUCCAAAGGAAGAACUACACACCAGAUUAUUCCCUUUCUAUAAAACAUCAUGUCAAUACUUCACUUGACUUAGUGGGGUUACAAGUCUGGCGUGGUGCAUUUUUGUUGGCUGAUUUCCUACUUCACUAUGCCAUGAAUGAGGACACAGAUUUCAAAAUUUGUAAGGAUGACAUUGUAAUUGAGCUUGGAGCUGGUACAGGAUUAACAAGUAUUGUUGCAGGAAUGGUGGCUGGUCAUGUUGUGAGUACAGACAUUUCAAAAGGAAACAUUCUGUCCUUGAUUGAUACAAAUAUUAAACAGAAUUCAAAGUGGAUUAGAGGCCAGGUUGAAGCCAUGGAACUAGAUUUUUGCAAUUCAAAUUAUCCAGAAAAGCUAGUCAGUCUGCUACAAAACUCAACAUUGCUCCUAGCAGCAGAUGUUGUAUAUCAUGAUGAUUUGACGGAUGCCUUUUUGUCGACUUUGAAAAAACUGAUGGGCAUGGGUCGUCCGAAAACUGCCCUCAUUGCCCUUGAGAAAAGAUUCGUGUUUACUUUGUCGGAUUUGGACGUAGUAGCCCCAUGUUACAAUUACUUCUAUGAAAAUCUUUUACAAGAAUUUAAUUCGUACGAUGUCAUGCAGAUUGAUACUAGUCAAAUAACUCAAUAUUUUUGCUACGAGCGAGUUAAAGAACUCGUAUUAUUCAAAAUUCAAGAAAAGCGUCCACUGCCUUAAUUUUUAUGCUCAACAAAUAGAAUUUAUUCUCCAUCAUCGGACUAAUCAUGUAAAUAGAUAGGGAUGUACUAAGCGCGUGAAUAUUAAGUCACUGGUUAUGA